GACCCGAAGAACUACACCGAAGCGAUGAAUUCUGACCAUGCCGCUGAUUGGAGCAAGGCAAUGGCCGAAGAGAUUAGUGCGUUGGAGGCAAACAACACGUGGGAAAUCGAAUAUGGUGUGGACUAUGUGGACACGUUUAGCGCCGCGCUGGAGGGUCUCUCUGUUAGGAUAGUGCUCGCGCUGUCGCGCAAGUAUAACGUGCCUGCCAGGCACGGGGAUGUACCCAACGCGUACGUG